AUGGACCUGACCGCGGCGUGCGCGCAGGUGGAGCAGGCCUCGCGAGGCCUCGCCCACCCGGAGCACAGAGCCGCCGCGGAGGCGACGCUCUUGGAGUUUCGACGCUCCCCGCACGCGCUCGCCGCGUGCCGCCACAUCCUCGACACCUCCGCCGCGAUCGAGGCGCAGUUCCAGGCGGCGGCGACGCUGCGCGACGCGGCGCUUCGAGAUUGGAACGCGCUGCCGCCGACCGAGCGCGCGAACCUGCGGCAGCACUGCCUGCACCUGAUCCUCCAGAAGCAGCCGCCGCCGCCGCCGGUCGUCGCGUCGCAGAUCAUCAGCACGCUCGCCGUCCUCCUCAAGCGCGCGUGGCUGGACGACGACGCGGACCGAGGCGCGAUGCUCGCGGAGGCGGAGCACGCCGUGAGCGCGGCGUCCACGUCGUCGGCGCGACGCGUCGGGCUGCUUCUCUUCGCCGCCGUCGUCGCGGAGUUCUCGCCGUCGACGUCGUCCCCGAUGCAGCUGCCGUGGGACUUCCACGAGCGAUGCCGCGCGAACCUCGAGCGCGAUUUCCUGAAGCACUUUUUCCUCCACGGCGCCGGCGUCGCGCGCGCCGCGUUCGAGAACGGCGCCGCGCUCAGCGGCGCCGACGACGGCGUCUGCGUCGGCGCUCUGCGCUUGAUGUCCGCGGCGUUGGCGUGGGACUUCGCGCGCGGCGGCGGCGUCGGCGCCGCGGGAGGCUUCGGCUACGUUCCGCCGCCGUCCGACGGAGGCGGAAGCCGGACACUCGCGGAGACGUCCAACGCGGAGGGAUCCGCGAAGGUGACCCCCGGCCCCGAGUGGCGCGACGCGCUCCUCGCCCCCGGGGCCGUGGACUGGGUCUUCGCGCUCCACGCCAGCGCGCACGCGCGAGUGUCAGCAGGCGGGGACCUCUCGAGCGCGGCGCUGAACCUCCGCGCGGCGGCCCGCGCCGUCGUCGCCGCGCUGUGCCAGCUGGCGGGCGAUCUCUUUCCGAACCUCGCGGAGGAUCCGGCCGGCGACGCGCGGCGCGCGCACUUCGCGCGGUGCGUCGCGUCGCUCAACGGGACGACGACGCCGGCGCAGACGACCGCGGCGAACGCGGCGCGAGGGUUGGGGGAGGACGUCCUCGUGGACGUCGCGGUGUCGCUGAGCGCGUUGGCGUCGAAUCAUCCGACGGCGUACUUUCUCGCGCCGACGCCGCCGCCGCCGGGUUUAGCGGGGGGCGGCGACGCGGGCGGCGGCGGCGGCGGCGGCGGCGAGGCGGCGGCGGCGGGCGGCGCGAGCGGCCUGAGCGUCCUCGGCGAGCUCACGCUCGCGGUGCUCCACGCCGGCGCGCUCACGUCCGACGCGGAGGGCACGGCGUCGGAGGACGCGUUGCGUCUGCUGAUGGACGCGUGGGGCUCGCUCCUCAGCGGGCGGAUGACGGACCCGCGGCUCGGAGGCGACCCGAACGCCGGGGUGCCCUCCGAGGUCAUACAGGGCGCCGCGCAGGUGUUUCAGGCGUACGUCCAGGCCGGCCUCGCGGGUGCGGCGGCGGCGGCGUUCGAGGAGGACGACGGGCAGGAGGAGGAGGGCAAAGCGGGCGCGGCGGCUUUGGACGAGCGGCUGUCGCUGGCCGCCGUCGUCGGGUGCGUUCUAUACACUGACGACACCGCGCGAUCCGCGAUAUCCCCGCGGCUCAUGGAGACGUUCCUGUGGGGCGCCGCGCGGUGGGCGGACACGUACCUGAUGCCGGAGGACGUGGGCGGGUCGCUCCACGCGGCGGUGUUCGCCGGCGGCGGCGGCGGCGGCGGUCGCGUCCACGGCGGCGUCGGCGCCGGCGCCGGGCUCGGCGCGCACGUUACAAACCAACCUCCCGGCCCGUUCUCCGAGCACGGCGGCGGCGUGCAGGUCCUCGACGCUUUGCUCCGCGUCGCGCGCGUCGCGUUGACGGCGUGGCCGGGCGAGACGGGCGUGCAGGGCGUCGCCGCGCAAAAGUUGCUUCCCGCGUUGACGCGGCGUCGAGCGCUGUGCCGCGCGUGCGUCGCGUCCGCGUCGUGGGGCGCGAUCGCGGACGCGGAGGCGAUGGCGCUCGCGCAGGCGACGGACCCCGGCGGCGCGGCGGCGGCGGCGGCGGCGGCGGCGCGCGGGGGCGUCGCGGUCGCGGUCGCGAGCGGCGGCGUCGCGUUUCCUCCGGAGAUUCACCGCGGCGUGAUGGAGGCAUUGGGCCGCGCGGCGGAGGGGCUGAACGACGAGGGGCAGUGCCGCGAGUACAUCGCGCGGGUGUUGACGCCGCUCGGGGGGGUGUUACACGCCGUCGCGAGCGACCCGGGCGCGAUGACGCACCCCGGCGGGGAGAGCCGGGCGGUCGCGGCGUUGGAGGCGGCGAGGGGCGCGGCGCGGGCGACCGUCGCGCGGUCGCAGGCGCCCGUCUUUGCGUUUUUCGCGUCCAACUUUGACGUCCUGAUCGCGACGCAGCGCGGCGGCGGCGGCAGCGCGCAGAUCUCCAAGCUCGUGUUGCGGCUCACGGAGGAACUCGUCGCGAAUCAAGCGUGUUUCUUGGGCCCAACGCACGCGACGGCGCUGUGCCGGCACGUCCUGCGCGUCGUCGAGACGUACGCCGGCGGCGGCCGCGGCCGCGUCGGCGCGGGCGAGGGCGGUCGCGCCGAGCGCGUCAAGGAGGCGUACAAGGAAGUCAAGGCGCUCUUGCGCAUGCUCACGCACGUGGUGAACUCGGACAACGGGUUAGACCACGACGAGGUGGGGGAAGGGAGGGUCGCGAACGGGAUGACGCCCGGCGGCGGCGACGCGCAAAAGGUGGACGUCGCGCAGGUUGUUUUUCUCGGGUUGAACGUCGUGAUCCCUUUGAUAACGGACGAGCUCCUGACGUUUCCGAAGCUGUGCCACCAGUACUUCAGUCUGCUCGCGCACAUGCUCGAGGCGUACCCGGGGAAGGUCGCGGCGCUGCCGCCGGACCUGUUCAACACCCUGAUGGGGACGCUGGACUUUGGGUUGAAGCACGCGGACGCGGAGACGUCGAGGGAAUCGCUCUCCGCGCUCGCCGCGAUGGCGUCGUUUCAUCAUUCCUCGACAAUCGCCGGUCAGCCCGGCCUCGGCGCGCACAACGCGCCGACCCCGGAGCGCGGCAACGUCGGCGUCCUCGCGCACCUCAUGCGCGUCGUCUUGAACCGGUUAAUCUUCGAGGACGCGAGCAUGGACCUCGCGGAGUCCGCCGCCGACGCGUUGUUGCCUCUGAUGCACUGCGAGCGCGUCGCGUUCGAGGACGUCGCGAGGGAGCUGCUGGGGCGGUUGUCCGGGAACCAGGGCGCGAUGGAGCACGUGUCGAGGGCGCUGACGGAGCUCACGACCGGCGGGGGGUUGACGGACAGAGUGGACAGGGCGAACAAGAGGCGGUUCCGCAGGAACGUCGCGAAGUUUCUCACGGAGACGCGCGGGUUCGUUCGACACAAUUGA